UUCCAACAGUAUGCCGACUCUGAAAAUGGGCCAAGAGACCAGUAUUCUGCAGCUACAUUUUCCAAAAGUUGUUAAUGUAACUGAUGGGAAAUGGCAUCGGAUUGACGUGAGAAUAAAAGCCGAGGAAGUUCAUUUCAUGUUGGACCGUUGUAACUCAGCUGUCAUCUAUGAAGCUGAAGGUGUUGGGAAAAAAUUAUUAACAGAAGAUCGUUCUAGUUGUGAAGUUACUGGGUUGAUACAGCAAGACAAAAGGCUUUGGAAUACGCACCCAGUCCUCCAGUUAGGUGGCAUUAAAGAGUCUACUGCUCAUUCAUAUUUGCACCUGCCACACAAGCACUUCAAAGGCUGCCUUCGCAAUAUUAUUUUGGAUAAACAGCUAUAUGAUCUUGAAGCCCCUCUGGAGUCUAGGAAUAGCCUCCCUGGCUGUUUUAAUAAUGAUAUGUCUUGUGAAACCACUGACUGGUCUUCUCCACCAUGUGAGUUGGGCACCAGAUGUACCGGAGAUUCUUAUUUAUCUAAUUGUGCUUGUUCACCAAGUCAUAAGGGACCGGAGUGUGGAAGAGAUGUUAAAGAGUACUUCUUUCAGAGAGACAGCUUUCUACAUCUCCUGUUUCCUCAUGCUCUUCAUAACCAAAGGAUAUUUUUCCAGACUUUGUUAAGAACAAGAGAUGCUAAUGGAAUUAUCCUAAGUUUAACUUCAUUAGACAAAACUGAAUAUAUUCACCUAAAGGUAGUCGAUGGACUCCUAACUGUAUCCUACAAUAUUGGUGAUGGAGAUUUUGUUAUACAACUUCCCGGUCACAGAAUUGAUUCAGGGGAGUGGAAUAUGAUGAUUCUGGAAAGAAUGCAAAAUGAAUUCACUCUCCGUCUAAAUGAAGGAGGUGGACAGAGAGAGAUUACUGAAGCCAGAGGAAUGUACAAGGAAAUCAAAGUGGAUCCUCACAAUGUCAUACUCGGAAGUAGCAAAAUAAGUUUUCAAGGUUGCAUGAAGGAUGCAAGGCUAAAUAACUACAGGCUUCCUAUGGAAAAUAAUACAAAUUCUGUGGUGUCUAUUAAAAGUCAACAUGGAGUCAGUGAGGGUUGUACAUCUGAGUCCUGCAAAAGCAAUCCCUGCAGUCAGCCGUUCAUCUGCACGGAUCUGUGGAUGAUGCAUAAAUGCAGUUGUCCUCUAGGAUACAUCCUUACAGAUAACUCUACUGGAUCCCACUGCAUUUACACAGUGUGUGCUAAUAGUCCCUGCAAGCAUGGCACAUGCGUACCACGGUCCCCAACUGAAUUCAUCUGCCACUGCUUUGCAGGAUAUGAUGGCAUAAAGUGUGACAUCCUACAUCAGACUUAUGAUCCAGAGCUUGGAUUUAGAACAGUUUUUAUCAUCUGCUUUUGCUUCCUGGCACUCACAGCCCUCAUAGGUGGUGCUUUUCUGUGGCUUCACUGCAGGGCGAAGAAAAAGCAACAUGAAGGCGUCUAUCAUGUGUCUGCAUAUAACAAUGAACUGGAAGACACCAGGCAAAAUAUAUUUCAUUACAAUGAGGAAGGAGGGGGAGAAGAAGACCAUGAUGCAUUCAACAUGACAGAACUCCAGUUGUCCCUCCAGAGCAGCCCAGCAGACUCCUUGUGCAGGAAGACUGGAAUGCUAAAUCUAAAUGGCCCCUUCAGCUGCAAUUACGAGUUCUGUGUCAGCCAGAAGGAGCCGUCACAACUCUCUGCAUCAAAACUGAAUUGUUCUUUUACCAGUGGAGAUUUUGACCGAUUUUUCAAUGAUAUAGCUCAAGACAAUGCCUAUAUCCAAGAAAUGCUCUCCCGUGACAGCUUAAAGGUGUAUGACAUGGAAGGAGAGGGGUCACCAGCUGGCAGUCUCAGUACACUGGCAUCAUCUGGAGGAGAUGAAGAUAUGGUGUCUGAGGAUAUGGAAGACUGGGGGCCAAAGUUUGGUACUCUACGAAAGCUCUACUUAUACACCGAAGAGGAUGAUUUGUAGUGAUAUAUACAUAGAACGAUGAAAUACAUCAUAGUGUCAUAUGCAUCUACAAGAAUCUGCAGGCAGAUACAAUAACCCUGCAACAGUCAUCUAUAUAAAGGGGAAAGCUUGUCCCAGUGGUAAAUUUAUCCUCUUGUUUAUUCCAAUGACUGAUUUAUUAAAAAGCGAAAAACCUCAAUGACUCUCUGUUUACGUGUUGUAUGUAAAAAGAAGGAUCCCAAUGUUCAAAUUAAUUUAUCUUUUCUCUAUGUAUUACUGUUUUAAUAGAACUGCUUUUUGAGACAUAGAAUUAUAUGUAUUAUAUGUUACAUUAAAUAUAAAUAUUGUUUAAAGAUAAACCAUUCUUUCCCCAGGAGUCAUAAAACAGAAGACAGCAUAACAUAGACUGAAAAGAGAAAAUUGAUAAUAAUACACCAGAUUUGUUUCCAUGAAAAUAAGAUAAUUUUAUUAUAUCUUCCAACACAGCAUUGUUUAAGUAGGAAUGUCUUAUAUUUCUACAAUCUUAUUAGUUGUAUAGAAAAGGUAGACUUAUGUGUCAACAGUAGCACAUAUGCUAUUGCAGCUGAAAUACGUAUGGGAUAUGUUAUGUACAGGAAUCUCUGAAGACGUUCUUGUCUAUGUUAGCAGAUAACGUGUUUACUGUACCUCAGAUAAAAAAAAACUUCUGCCAACACAACAAAAAAAAUUGUGAUGUAUUCAAAUGUUUGUUAAAAACCUUUAAAACCGUUUAAUCCCCUUAAACCCUUUAAUGUAUUAAAAUCUUUCAAUGUUUCUAGUAAUUCUUGCAGCCCAGAGACAGCCUGUUAUAAAGAUUACACAACACAUUUUGUAUUUAUUGUAUUAAUUAUAAUUUUUUUUUUUUUUUUUUACAAAAGGGAUCUUUGGGCAAACAUUUUUUAUACUGUAAUCUGUAAUCUGAAGUAUGAGAAAAUAAACUGUCACAUAUGUAAA